AUGUUGGACUUCAUGUCAAAGGAGGAGUUGAUCAACAUGAUAAUAGAAACAGUGGAAAACGAUGAUAGAUUUUUGAAGAUAUUUGCAUUUAACCUAGGCUAUACACUUACCGACGAGGCAUUUCGGAAGGCCUUUGAACCUUUCGGAAAUAUCAAAGACAGCCGGUUGGCCCGAGACCAGAGUUCAAAUCAGCCGCGAGGAUUUGGCUUUGUAGUCUUUGACAAUCCAGUCUCGUCUCUCAAGGCAUUUGAAGCGGGUGUUUCAUUCGAGGGAAAGCCAGCAAAGCUAAAGUACCAAUAUGCCCCCCAAAAUGCUCCGAAAUCGCGCGACCCCGACCCGAAAGCGGUGGUCGACGAGAAAUUCGCAAAAGAAAAACGCAAAAUCCACGUAAACGGCAUUCCGAAAGAAUGGAAGAACGCGGAUCUCGAAAACUACUUUAAGCAAUUCGGAGAAAUCGAGGAGGCGUUUGUCUGUUUUGAGAAAGGAACACAAAACUCCCGCGGAUUUGGCUUCGUCACGUUCGCGAAGAAAGAAGAUUACGACAAAAUUCUGGAGCCCGCGACACGCGAAGAGGAGGCAAAGUCGCUUUAG